AUGCCUGAAACGAAAACUCGAGGUUUUUAUACUAGGUUCUCAGACAAUAUGAGUAGUGUAAGUUUUACUUAUAUUUUGCAUUUGUGUGCUUUAUUGUACCUUGUAUGGUUAUUACAUGUAUUUUGUAUAUUGUGUGGUAUACAACAGUCAAGGAGUUAAUAGAUAACAGUUGGUAAAAUAUAAAAUGGCGUUGAAUCUGAAGAAAUGACUAUCACAAGCGGGUGUCCCGCAGGGAUCAAUAUUGGAUCCUAAAUUAUUUCUUUUAUAUAUAAAGGAUAUUCAGUAUUGCUGUGAAUUCGUUUCUAUUGUAAAUACGUCUAUUUUUUAUUGAUACGAUGUAAUUUGGGCGAGUUAGUUAAUAAAUAAAUAAAAUAUUAUUCUUGUACAAUUAAAAAGCGAAUUAAUCAUCUUUAUUUUCAGAGACGUGUUGGGAGACCGUCAAGAUUCCCAUAUGCAGUGGAGCAAGUCUUGGCCGCCAUGGGGCAGGUGGAGGGAUCACCACAAGGGGAGACAUGGCGGCUAGACGAUGGGUACUGGGCAAAGGUUGCCCGCGUUCUUGGCCAUCCCAGUCCGGCCACAAAUAAAAAAGUGAGAACGAAGUUAUACUUUCGGUAUAACCGUGACAGGAAAAUAGCUGGCAAAAAAAUUGGCAAUGGCGUUUAAGGUAAGAUAAGUGACAAAGCAAAAUAAUUUGUGAUAAUUUAUUUGGGGUAAUUGUUCACAAUCAUAACUCCAAUUAUUUUCCACAGGUGUUGCUCCAUGAAAACUGCAACAAGCAGGAAAUAUUGAAUACCGGCGAAGCCAUGGCCAAAAAAAUUACGCCACAAGCAACGGCAGUCUUCAUCUUUUUAGGCUACGGCUUAGGACUGGGUCAGUUACUAAUCAUUUCAUAUUCUUAACUAUAUAAACUAGAUAUGGACACCUUUAUUAUAUCGAGUCUGGUUAACUAUGCAGGUCAAAGGUGUCGUCGUAUUAGCUAUAUAUUCUGAAAGGUUAAGCCAAUUGUUACCGAUUUAUGACAUUGUCGUCGUGCUCGAUGACUUCACAUCCAAUCAUCAAUAAGGCAUUUAUGUGACAGGUGGCACUUGAUUUGCUGGUUAAACCCUUCCCCCUACGCCCAAAUUGACUAGGCAAAAAGUUCCAAAAAGCCUGCUGGCCUUAUGUUGCAUAAUGUAUAUAGUUAUGUUAUGAUUAAUUAAAAUUUGAACAAAAUAAACGUGUAAAAUUUCGAGUAAAAAAGAUAGGAAUACAACAUAUGUGCUCUUACUCGGGUGAUUCAAGUUCACUGAAACCGCUAACGAAACUGAAAGCGCUAGCGCAAGAUUUCAGAUGGCGUGCACUGAUAUACGCAUUGCGUGCCUAUUUUUUCUAACGUUGACAGCAAAUGCAAAUAACAAUCACUUCAAGGUUGAACGCAAUUAUUAAAAUUUCUAUUUUUUAAUUCUUUCUAGUCAAUCUGGCAAGCCGGCCUAUGACUUUAGGUUUGUGAGGCACCUGCUGUCAAACAUCGACGCCCAGGUAGAUUUGAACAAGAUUCUGGCGGAUGUAAUGAAGGUUUGAUUUUAUAAUUCUUUGCAUAUUUUAUCAUGUUUCUUUGGCAUAUUUUAUUAUGUUUCUUUGGCAUAUUUUAUUAUGUUUCAUUGGCAUAUCUUAUGUUUCGUUGGCAUAUUUUAUCAUGCUUUGUUUACACGUGGAACAUACACUUCGUUAUAUCACUCCCUUUUGUGCACGGUUCAAUUUUCCUGUCGCCAUUCCCCCACCCGGACACCCGCAGAAUUUGCAGAUAUUUUUUAUUUCCAAAAUGCCAAUUCUCUACCCCUGGGCAAACAAAGUAAGCCAACGAUUUGUAAUAUGUCCAGUAAUACUUUCAUGUAUAUUAUUAAUUAUUUACUAAUUUUGUAUCGUUUAUCUAGAAUUGGAUACAUCAUUACAUUCAAGUUCGGUUUUCUUCAACAGGCAUGGGAGAAAAGGCGCCGUGAAAGCUAGCUAUUGUAAGGAACGUUUGUUCUUCAUUUUAUAUCUUAACAUAAAAUUAUCAUAAACUAAACUACAAAAAUUGCUGAUAUAUAAAUUCUUUUUAUGUUGUGCACUGCCAUUUUGUAUGAAAUUUUAAGUAAAAAAAAUACGAAUCGGACAACCAUGGCUGUUACUCAAAUUACGUCCACUCAAAAAAAUUAAAAAUAUGAACAAAAUAAAUGUGUAUUAUAUUAUGAAACUUUCCGAACUUCACGGCAUAACCACUUAACAAAGGUUGACCGCUUAACAAAGGUUGACAGGUUAGACUGUGUUAUUGUUAUAAAUCAGGGUGUGAUAAUUCAGUAUUUUUAGCCGUACCUGACUGGUACUCCCAACACAAUGUUUGCCAAGUACUAAUGAGCUGUUACGACAAACUUAAGAGUCGAGGUGUACCCAGGGCUAUAUAUAUAUAUAUAUCCCCUCCUUCCCAACAGAUCCAAACAGCUCAAUUUUCCCCGAAUGAAUGCAACAAUUCGCUGACUCUUUCAUGAGUGGGGGUGCUCCCCUCCUACCCCCUCUGACGCCGCCCAGGCUGUUUGGUCAUGACGUCAUUGUCGUUACUGAUUCGUUGCAUUGUCGUGCUCGAUGGCUUGACGUCAAAUCACGAGUGACUAGGGCCUUUACUCGGCAGGUGCACUUGAUUUGCAGGUUAAUCCCUUCGCCCCGCCCCCAAAUUGCCUGGGUUCCGGUCUUCUGACGAGCGCUGACUAUAAAUAGAACGCCCUCAGGCAGCCCGAUGCCUGAAACGAAAACUCGAGGUCUUUCAAGUUUCAAUAUGAGUCGUGUAAGUGUUACUUAUAUUUUGCAUUUGCGUCCUUUAUUGUACUUGUAUGGUUAUUACAUGUAUUUUCUAUAUUGUGUGGUAUACAAGGAGUAAAUAGAUAACAGUUGGUAAAAUAUAAAAUGGCGUUGAAUCUGAAGAAAUGACUAUCACAAGCGGGUGUCCCGCAGGGAUCAAUAUUGGAUCCUAAAUUAUUUCUUUUAUACAUAAAGGAUAUUCAGUAUUGCUGUGAAUUCGUUUCUAUUGUAAAUACGUCUAUUUUUUAUUGAUACGAUGUAAUUUGGGCGAGUUAGUUAAUAAAUAAAUAAAAUAUUAUUCUUGUACAAUUAAAAAGCGAAUUAAUCAUCUUUAUUUUCAGACACGUGUUGGAAGACCCUCUAGGUUUACACAUUCAGUGGAGCAAGUCUUGGCCGCCAUGGGGCAGGUGGAGGGAUCACCACAACGGGAGACAUGGCGGCUAGACGAUGGGUACUGGGCAAAGGUUGCCCGCGUUCUUGGCCAUCCCAGUCCGGCCACAAAUAAAAAAGUGAGAACAAAGUUAUACUUUCGGUAUAACCGUGACUGGAAAAUAGCUGGCAAAAAAAUUGGCAAUGGCGUUUAAGGUAAAAUAAGUGACAAGACAAAAUAAUUUGUGAUAAUUUAUUUGUGGUAAUUGUUCGCAAUCAUUAACUCCAAUAAUUGUCCACAGGUGUUGCUCCAUGAAAACUGCAACAAGCAGGAAAUAUUGAAUACCGGCGAAGCCAUGGCCAAAAAAAUUACGCCACAAGUAACGGCAGUCUUCAUCUUUUUAGGCUACGGCUUAGGACUGGGUCAGUUACUAAUCAUUUCAUAUUCUUAACUAUAUAAACUAGAUGUGGACACCUUUAUUAUAUCGAGUCUGGUUAACUAUGCAGGUCAAAGGUGUCGUCGUAUUAGCUAUAUAUUCUGAAAGGUUAAGCCAAUUGUUACCGAUUUAUGACAUUGUCGUCGUGCUCGAUGACUUCACAUCCAAUCAUCAAUAAGGCAUUUAUGUGACAGGUGGCACUUGAUUUGCUGGUUAAACCCUUCCCCCUACGCCCAAAUUGACUAGGCAAAAAGUUCCAAAAAGCCUGCUGGCCUUACACUGCAUAAUGUAUAUAGUUAUGAUAUGAUUAAUUAAAAUUUGAACAAAAUAAACGUGUAAAAUUUCGAGUAAAAAAGAUAGGAAUAUAACAUAUGUGCUCUUACUAGGGUGAUGCAAGUUCACUGAAACCGCUAACGAAACUGAAAGCGCUAGCGCAAGAUUUCAGAUGGCGUGCACUGAUAUACGCAUUGCGUGCCUAUUUUUUCUAACGUUGACAGCAAAUGCAAAUAACAAUCACUUCAAGGUUAAACGCAAUUAUUACAAUUUCUAUUUUUUAAUUCUUUCUAGUCAAUCUGGCAAGCCGGCCUAUGACUUUAGGUUUGUGAGGCACCUGCUGUCAAACAUCGACGCCCAGGUAGAUUUGAACAAGAUUCUGGCGGAUGUAAUGACGAAG